AUGCGUGGGACACGCGACUACCCAGCCUACCUGACGCAUAUAGCAUAUCCCCCUGCGCUCCAGCCGCACUUUUUCGCGCUGCGUGCAUUCCACAUCGAGCUUGCAUCGCUCAAAGAUACGCUCAGCAACGAGCUAGUCGGCCGCGUGCGUAUGCAAUGGUGGCACGACGCGAUACGCAAUAUUUACGACAACCAGCCACCAAAGCACCCAAUCGCCCUUGGACUGCGUGAUGCCGUCAUGGAUCCUCAAGUUCUUCAACACGGCGGCCUUGUAGAAGACCACUUUCAUGCGAUCAUCGACGCACGCGAAGCAGAGCUCGGCGAUCCACUUGCGCCGCCCACGCUAGAAGAGCUCGAGCGGUAUGCAGAGUCGACCUCAUCGCGCAUGCUGUACCUGCUGAUGAAUUUGCAGGGCGUUUCUGAGCGCUCGAUGGACGAGCUGCUUUCGCAUCUAGGCAAGGCAGUCGGGCUUGGCAUCCUGGUCAGUGCCUUGCCGUUCCACACGCACCCACCGCCGCGGCCCAAACACACGGGCGGCAGCCACCCCGGUCUUCCUGGCGCGUCGCGAUACGCUCCGCAAGCGGACGGCGUCCCACGUACACCCACCCUUCCUCUCCCUCUCGAGUACCUGUUGCAGUGCAAUGUCACACAAGAGGAUGUAUUCCGGCAUGGAAUCGGGGCGAACGGAUUACGCGAUGCUAUUUUCUACACUGCUACGCGCGCAAACGACUACAUUAUCACUGCACGCACAGCAAUUCGGGACGUAUUCGGCGGCAAAGUACCAACUGCCGCGCUUGGGCCAGUCAUGCUGGCCGUGCAUACCCGCCAGUUUUUGAAAAAACUCGAGGCACAUGACUUUAACCCAUACCAUGCCAAGGUCCAGCAGCGCGACUGGCUACUUCCUUGGCAUUAUUGGCGUACGGCGCGCCGCGGCAUGUUGUAG